AUGCCUCGCAAAACGCACACCAAGUCGCGAUACGGAUGUGAUAAUUGCCGACGCCGACGAGUCAAAUGUGAUGAGCAAGGCCCGCCCUGCAAUAAUUGCGUGUUACGCCGACUGCCCGACUGCAGGUACUCCCGCGUUUUACCGGCAAACCUUCUCGGCAACGGUCGUCGAGACAGUCAUGAAACCAAUUCGCAGCAUUCGAACUCUCUCAGUCCUGUGCCGGCAAUAGCGUCGGCUGGAGUCUCACCGGCCUCUUUGCCCUUGACUUCCCAGCCAGUGGAUGAUUUGGAGCUUAUGCUUCAGUUCACCACGGAGACGUAUCAGAGUUUAUGCAUCAGUGACUCAGAGUCGGUCGCAUGGCAAAAAUCAGUGCCUCGCCUGGCUCUUGCUCAUCGGUACUUGAUGUAUGGAAUUUUCUCGCUGGCAUCGCUUCACCUUGCCACAACCACUACGGACCCAAUCCGCGCGCGUCUCUAUGUGGAUGCUGGUCUCGAAUACCACAGCAAAAGUCUGGAGCCGUUUCGUGUUGCGCUCGAUAAUCUGAGCUCAGAGAAUUGCGACGCGGUCUUUGCAGAGUCGGUCGUGACGGCGGCAAUAUGUCUUGCACUGCCCCAAUUGACCACGGGACAUGAGAUCGAAGGCAUGAUGAUCAACAAUGUGGUCACUGCUUUUCAGCUCCUUCAAGGUGUCAAAAAGAUCCUAGUCCUCGGCCGCGGCUGGAUCAAACUUAAACUUUUCGUCAAUGGCGACUUUUGGCGCGAUACAUCCACAGAGCUGGACCAGGAUACCCAGUCCGCAUUUGAACAACUAUUCCUUCUCAAUGAUCAGAUUGAUUCUGGCGCAGACCAGACACGGCACAACCGACACCGAGACAUCAUUAAGCACCUGAGACACUGUUUCAUGAAGUUUCUUUUAUCCCCUGAUCCCGCACCCGUUCUUGCUUGGCUCGGUGCAGUCGACAAUGAGUUUGUGAAUCAAGUUCAAGGUCGCUCUGCGUUUCCGCUUCUGAUCCUUGCGCAUUGGGGAGUUCUUCUUGCCAAGUUGGACGGGAAGCGUUGGUGGGCCCGUAAUGCUGGCAGGGCACUCGUGGAUGAAGUCAUGAGCGUCUUGGAAAGAGGCAAUUUCCCUUGGCAGACAUGCAUGGGUUGGGUGCGACGAAGAAUGGCUUUGCAUGAACAUUUUAUCACUAGAGUAGAUUCGGAAAAUAAAGCUCUUCUGCAUUGA